AUGGAACACGAGCAGGAGGAGAGUGUUUUUAAGGGGCCUGGCACAGGGCAUCAUGGCAUCAUCUCAAUCCCAACCACCAACCCGAAUUUCAAAAUGCAGUUCACCACCAUCGCUCUUAUGCUCUUCGUCACCUUGGCUUUGGCCGCUCCUACUCCCCAGAACGACGGUAUCCUCAACAACAACGAUGUCUCGGUCGACGAUGUCACCGUCCUUGUCCCUGUGGCCGCCAGUAUCCCAGUCGUUGCCAACGUCUUGGGCGAGACCAUUGGCAACUCCGCCACCAAACCCAUCGCUGCUGUCUAAAGCCCUCCCGCGAUGAUACCAACAAGUCCCGUGUCUCCCCCCAAGUCUUUUGAGUUGCAAGAUAUAUUUGGGAGCGAGACCAGCAGACGCCUGGGAUAUAAACUGGGGAUUGUGAUGGACAAUAAUGUGGAGGAUGAUGGGUCAUUGUACGAUGGAGGUGUCUCGAAAAGUGGAUAGAGAUGGGAUAUGAACUCUGGUCCUGUAAUAUGCUUCAAUCUGGUCUCGGAAAUAUGUUCGACAACCGGCGCUUUUUCUCAGCAUUGUUGGGGGUGGAUUGAAACUUUUAUUUGGGGGGAUCUUUAUGUAGCUUUGACAAUAUUUACACACU